GUAUGAAGACCCUUUACAAAAAGGCAGCUGUAAGGCAGCACACCAGAACAGCUGUAGGUCACCACACUGGAUCUGCAAAUAUGAGGAAGAAAAAGACCUUCCAGAAGAAGCAGAGGGGCCGACCUUCCUCUCAGCCCCGCAGAAACAUCGUGGGCUGCAGAAUUUCACACGGAUGGAAGGAAGGCGAUGAGCCCAUCACCCAGUGGAAAGGAACCGUUCUGGAUCAGGUGCCUAUAAAUCCCUCUCUUUAUCUGGUGAAAUAUGAUGGAAUUGACUGUGUCUAUGGACUGGAACUUCACAGAGAUGAAAGGAUUUUAAAGCUUAAAAUCCUUCCUGAUAAGGUGCCAUUUUCUCGAGUCAGAGAUGUGCGCCUUGCAAACACUAUAAUUGGAAAAGCAGUGGAACAUAUGUUUGAGGGUGAGCAUGGUUCUAAGGAUGAAUGGAGGGGGAUGGUCUUAGCCCAAGCACCUAUCAUGAAAGCCUGGUUUUAUAUUACCUAUGAGAAAGACCCUGUCUUGUACAUGUACCAGCUUUUAGAUGAUUAUAAAGAAGGUGACCUCCGUAUCAUGCCAGAGUCCAAUGAGUCUCCUCCAGCAGAGAGGGAGCCAGAAGGAGUUGUAGAUGGCCUGAUAGGUAAACACGUGGAAUAUACCAAAGAAGAUGGCUCCAAAAGGACAGGCAAGGUCAUUCAUCAAGUUAAAGCGAAACCCUCUGUGUAUUUCAUCAAGUUUGAUGAUGACUUCCAUAUCUAUGUCUAUGAUUUGGUGAAAAAGUCCUAACUGUUACGGUAAAAUUUUGCCACAUUUGUGGAAACAAAUGUAUAAUUUGUAGACAUGCAAAAAUAUGUUGCUUUUUAGUGUAGUGAAAGCUUGAGGGUCCCUGUUAACUCUACAUCUUUGCCAGCAUAACUGCUAUUUUGUUCUGAAAAAUACAAAUUUUAUGUGGACAUGA